AUGUCGGACACUCCGAGGGUGAUACUUCUGAUGGCGGACUACGGUCACGAUCCAACAGAAACCGCCGUUCCAUACACCGAAUUUGUGAAAGCCGGGUUCAAGGUUACUUUCGCCACAGAGAAUGGGAAAGUGCCAGCGUGCGAUAAGAGGAUGCUUACUGGACUUUCACAGAAGUUGUUGGGAGCCACCAAAUCCGCCAUCAGCCUCUACACACAAAUGACCGCCUCCCUCUCCUUCCAAUCCCCGCUCUCCUGGUCUUCACCAGACUUCUCGCUCCUGACCUACGACCUCGUCUUCCUCCCCGGCGGGCACGACAAAGGCGUGCGCCAAAUAAUCGACUCACUAGCCAUCAAACGCCUUCUAGUAGCCUAUUUCCCUCUUACAAAUAAAGAGUCUUCGGAAAAGAAAGUCCUCGCUGCGGUCUGCCACGGCGUCAUGGUCCUCUCUGAGGCGCUGGUCUUGGAAGGUGAGGAUAAGGAUAAGAGCGUGAUGAGUGGGUGUACGACGACGGCGUUGCCGGCUGUUUUUGAGGGCGUGGCGUAUCAGGGUACGAGGCUUUGGUUGGGGGAUUAUUAUUUGACGUAUGGGAGGGGAUCGGAUUCGGUGGAGACGGCGGUCAAGAAGAGACUGGAUGAUCCGGGUAAGCAGUGGAAAUGUAGCUUGAGCCCAAGUCCGUUCGUUGUCGAGGACGAGAAGUAUAACUACGUCAGCGCUCGAUUCCCGCCUGAUGCAAAGUUAUUGGCAGAGAAGGCGGUUGAGUUGGUUAGGGAGUGUCAGGCUCGGUGACACUUGUACUUGGUCCUUUCGAUGACAGGCUAUAGUUAAAGAUCUUGUAGAGCUCUCAGCGCUGUGGCGCAUUGUUUGUUUGACCAAGGGAUAUCUUGAACUGAUUAUAGAUCGACGUACUACUAUGGACAAUCCGUCUUCAAAGUACAAUUUGGCAUAUGAUACCGUACUAUACAACAGAUCGAAAGCCCCUGUGGCCCGCCCAGAGUCAGCGGCACACAUAUUAUCACCAACCCCUUCGCAUCGUAUUCAGCCCAAUAGCUAUUGUGCAUCUACCAGCCGGCCUUCAGGUCACCGUGAUGGAACUGUAUCACCGGGUGCAUCACAAGCAAACCCGCCUUCUCUCCCUCUUUAAUGACCUCGCUAGCCCAAUGUGCAUUCAACGCCUCCAGAUCCCUAUACCUCUCCCAAACGACAUACACCCCUUCCACCGCCUUCACAUCCUCCGGAUCAGCACUCGCGGGCGCUUUCUUCGCCCAGCUGUACUCGAGCGUUCCGGGCUCGGUGGCUGCUCCCGCUUUGAACUUUUCGAUCCAUUCGACGGCGACGGCGGGCCCUACUUCGGGUUUGACGUGAACCUCUGUGAGGAUCACGAUUUCUCCUUUGACGUCGGCGGGGGAGGC